UAAAAAGAUAAGCGAUUUAGCGCAAGAAUUGCAGAAAGCGAAUGAACUGAUCAAAUCGAAGCAUCGUAUAACACUAACAGACGACGAAGUAAUGGAACUGUCGCCAGCUGCUGCGGCUGCAUCGUCGUUAAUACGUUCUGGCGUCUCACUGACCGCUAUUUACCGGGAGCAUUGCCGUGUUGUGGCCGAACUCGAGGAAGCAAAGGCUGAGAAUAAACGCAUCGAAACAUACUUUCGUGAACUUGUCGAGGACAUUGAAGCGAAAGCGCCAGCUAUUACACAACAACGAGUGGAACUCGAAAAAAUGACUCACACCUGUAGCAAUCUGCAGAAGCAACUGGAGUCCGAGCAGGAGGAACGGUCAAAGCUCGAGAAAGCCCGCGAUGCAGCUUUGCGUGAAUUGACCUAUACAAGAGCCGAGCUUGAGAGAUAUCAGCGUGACACGGAGGAUCUCAGCAAGCAGGUCCGCCACCUAUUGCAUGCGCUCGAAGUUGGACGGGCGCGCGAUACAAACUCUCCUCCAUUGAGCGACGAAGAUCGCGAUAUUUUAUGGGUAUCUAUUGGAGAACUACAGAAAGUGAAUCAGCAACUGAUGUCUGAUUUGCGCUCAGCAAAUGCGAAUCGCAAUCGCGAAAUUGAAGAGGCCAGCAAAAAAGAAGCGAAGCGCCUCAAUGAAGCAUUGGACGAUGUGGCUAGAAAACUGGAAAUUCUCAAGGACCAAAAUUCCAAGCAGAGCCUCAUUAUUGAAAGACUGGAGCAACAGUGUGACAUUUAUAAACGUGCCAGUGAAGAACGAAAAACG